AUGGAGGGCCUGGCUGGCUAUGUGUACAAGGCGGCCAGCGAGGGCAAGGUGCUGACCCUAGCCGCCUUGCUCCUCAACCGGUCCGAAAGCGACAUCCGCUAUCUGCUGGGCUACGUCAGCCAGCAAGGAGGGCAGCGCUCUACGCCCCUGAUCAUCGCCGCCCGCAAUGGCCACGCCAAGGUGGUGCGCCUGCUGCUGGAACAUUACCGGGUGCAGACGCAGCAGACCGGCACCGUCCGCUUCGACGGGUAUGUCAUUGAUGGUGCCACUGCACUGUGGUGUGCAGCAGGAGCAGGACAUUUUGAAGUUGUUAAACUUCUAGUCAGUCAUGGAGCCAACGUGAACCAUACUACAGUGACUAACUCGACCCCUCUGCGGGCAGCUUGCUUUGAUGGCAGACUGGACAUUGUGAAAUACUUGGUUGAAAAUAAUGCCAACAUCAGUAUUGCCAACAAGUAUGACAACACCUGCCUAAUGAUUGCAGCAUAUAAGGGACACACUGAUGUGGUCAGAUAUCUUUUAGAACAGCGUGCUGAUCCCAAUGCUAAAGCACAUUGUGGAGCCACAGCAUUGCACUUUGCAGCUGAAGCUGGGCACAUAGACAUUGUGAAAGAGCUGAUCAAAUGGCGGGCUGCGAUCGUGGUGAAUGGCCAUGGGAUGACACCAUUAAAAGUGGCUGCUGAAAGCUGUAAAGCUGAUGUCGUCGAACUGUUGCUCUCUCACGCUGAUUGUGACCGAAGAAGUCGGAUUGAAGCUUUGGAACUCUUGGGUGCCUCCUUUGCAAAUGACCGUGAGAACUAUGACAUCAUGAAGACAUACCACUAUUUAUAUUUGGCCAUGUUGGAAAGAUUUCAAGAUGGUGAUAACAUUCUUGAGAAAGAGGUACUCCCACCAAUCCAUGCUUAUGGGAACAGAACUGAAUGUAGAAAUCCUCAGGAACUGGAAUCCAUUCGACAAGACAGAGAUGCUCUUCAUAUGGAAGGCCUUAUAGUUCGGGAACGGAUUCUAGGUGCUGACAACAUUGAUGUUUCCCAUCCCAUCAUUUAUAGGGGAGCUGUCUAUGCAGAUAAUAUGGAAUUCGAACAGUGUAUCAAGUUGUGGCUUCAUGCCCUGCACCUCAGACAGAAAGGUAACAGGAAUACCCACAAGGAUCUGCUUCGAUUUGCUCAAGUUUUCUCACAGAUGAUACAUUUGAAUGAAACUGUGAAAGCGCCAGAUAUAGAAUGCGUUUUGAGAUGCAGUGUUUUGGAAAUAGAACAAAGUAUGAACAGAGUAAGAAAUAUUUCAGAUGCUGAUGUCCACAGUGCUAUGGACAACUAUGAAUGUAAUCUCUACACCUUUCUGUAUUUAGUGUGCAUCUCCACCAAAACACAGUGCAGUGAAGAAGAUCAGUGCAAAAUUAACAAGCAGAUCUACAACCUGAUUCACCUUGAUCCCAGAACUCGGGAAGGUUUCACCUUGCUGCAUCUAGCUGUCAAUUCGAAUACCCCAGUUGAUGAUUUCCACACCAACGACGUUUGUAGCUUUCCAAAUGCACUUGUCACCAAGCUUCUGCUAGAUUGUGGUGCUGAGGUGAAUGCUGUGGACAACGAAGGGAACAGUGCCCUUCAUAUUAUCGUUCAGUACAACAGGCCCAUCAGUGAUUUUUUGACCUUGCACUCUAUCAUCAUUAGCCUAGUUGAAGCUGGCGCUCACACAGACAUGACAAAUAAACAGAAUAAGACUCCACUAGACAAAAGUACAACUGGGGUAUCUGAAAUACUACUUAAAACUCAAAUGAAGAUGAGUCUCAAGUGCCUGGCUGCCCGAGCAGUUCGGGCUAAUGACAUUAACUACCAAGACCAGAUCCCCAGAACUCUUGAAGAAUUUGUUGGAUAUCAUUAA